AGCACCGCCCCAGACUCUCCUCUGGUUUCCGUAACAACAGAUGCUAAGCAGUCACUGAAAAGUAUUGGAAACUCAGCAGCAGUGGAAAGAAGAGCUCGGUAGGAUGGCCGAUUUGGGCACAUACCGAUGUAACAACUGCAAAAUGGAUUUCCACUCCCAGAGACUACUGGAGAAGCACAAGGAAAAGUUCUGUAUCGGGAGCAACAUCGGAGAUCCUGUAAUUCUCAGUUCUCGAUUCUUGGACGGAGGGGAGACCUUGCACUUGGAUGGCAGAGUUCCACGGAUGACAGAGAGCCCUGAUUUUAAAACAAGAGACAGUAUUGCUCGUCUAAGAGCAAGGGAGAACCUUCUAAAGGAGCGGGAGCUGAUGGGUGGAUUUGGGCCGUCCGACAGUGUUUCUGACAGUAGAGCUCUAAGGAGUCUUACAGAUGAGUUUCAGAAACUAAGAAAAUCUUUGCAAGAAUCUGUUCCAACAUUAAGAUCAUUACAGUUGCAGGGGGAAGGCAACUCCCAAAUACAUUGGGAAAGAGAUUAUAGAGAACGCAUGCAUGAAAUGGCUGAGGCCCAUGAACGCCACCUCGCAGAUAUCCAUGCUAGUAAUCAAACUUUAGAGCUGCAGCGAGAAGAAAUCCGUCAGCGACUUUCAGACUAUGCUGGUGCUGGCUCCUCCACCUCACACCUUGAGCAGAUGCUCCUGGAACUAAAGGCCCAGGAGGAAAAGAACCAAUUGGCCCUGGAUGCUCUGAGAGACCAAAUCGGACUCAUCCAGUCAGAAAACAGAACCAAAGUAGAGACUGCAGACAAAGAUAUCCCAUCCAACACCGCUGUACAGAAAGAAAAAGUGUCUCUAAACUUCAUUGCCUUUCCUCCACGUGGAAGCUCCCUCUCGUCAGAGAUCAGUGCCCUACAACUAGCUUAUGUUCAAAGUGGGGGAAACGAUCCUUCUGUUUUGGCACAGAUGCGGGACCUGCAAGCAGAAGCACUGACAUUUGAAGAAAUGGCACAUAAACAGGAGCGCAAGGAGAAGAAGAAGCGAAAAAAUGAUGCUGCCCCUCGACAACUUGAUGUUGAACUAAUGGCAGUGGAGUUGGAGAAUCAGCGCUUGGAAGAGGAAAUUUUUAAUAUGAAGAUGCUGAGAGGCAAGAAGAAGGCUGGCAAUGGGGACUCUGAAUUAGUUGAGAUGCAAAGGGAGCACCUCCAACAAAUGGCACAACUGCAGGGUGAUAUCGAGCUACUCAGAAGGGACGUCAGCAGAAUGCCUCCUCGAGUUAGUCAUGGGCCCCCGCCAUUUCUUCCUCCGCCUGUUGCACCCCCGCCUCCACCACUGCCACAUCUCUCAAGGCACCCAGCAGGGAGACCAGAUGGUGCAAUAAUGAUGGGGGGUUUGGAUUUGGUGCGCCCCCCUAGUCCGUCUGCAAACAGACAUAUAGUGGAACCUAUAGAUGCCCUGGGACCUGCACCUUAUGAUCCAGUGGCUGGUUUCGUCAUAUUCUAUGACUUUCUGCUGGGGCUUGACCCAACUAUUCAGAAGAUCCGGCUGGUCAGUGGUCUGUAUAACAAUGGGCACAAAAUGGGACAAACUACAUCCCUCCCGGAUGUCUUGUGUGAAGUGUGGCAGUCAUCACAGCAUCUGACCAAUGCCCCUAGAGGAAACAUUGCUACAUUAUCAGCAAAGCAGCCCAUUCCAAGGGUUCGACCUUCAUCCUCCAUUUCUCUUAUUAUGGAACUGCAAGGAACAGGAGGGUUUAACCCAUAUGGGCAGGAAGUUCAACAGUUGUCCUCAUUUGGUUGGGCAAAAUUUGAUCUGUUUGAUCAGCACAACCAAGUCCUGAGCGGCCGAUGGAAGCUUCCUGUUAGAUCAUUCCCAUUAAGGCCGGGUUUACAUACGGGACAACUCAACACCGUUCCACAGAUGGGAAAAGCUGAGAUUUUUUUUCGUGUAACUAAUGCCAGAGAUGCUGAAAUUCAAUCCAUGGCAGAAAUAGAUCCUAGAAAUGCAUCACUAUACCAGUACCCUCCUUUGAUGUCUGGUCCAGCCGUUGCUGUCAUGAAUAACCCAGCGCCUCAGCCAACUUUCCACCCUUCCCUAAAGUCAUUUAAUGUGCCUCUUCCUCCUUUCUCUGAUUAUGUUGACCCACCCCCAGUACAAGAGCUGCCUAAACAACAAAAAAACAGUCAGAGGUGAGAGAAGGGCACCAAAGUUCUGAUUGUAAAUACUUACUGUCAGACCGACCAUUGCAAAUACAAACAAUUAAAAUGCACUUGCGUCUGAUUGUACAGAAAGUCAUGUUAGUUUGUACAGUAAAGGCAGAACAUGGGUCUCUCAAUUAAAGGAUGGCUGUGAGUUAUAUCAGGAGCUGGCUGAAUUACAUAGUUUAUAGGCUGUACUGCAUCUGCUGCUUAUGAGAUAUUUGUUUAUCAAAGCACAUAUUUUAAAUAAUCAUCCUCUUGUCUUGCCUGGUAAUGUCCCUGUAACUAUUGCAUGCAUGGGUCAGUCACUUUUAAUGAGUGAUUCUUUACAAUAUGAGACUAACUUUGCCACACAUGCAAGCCUAUGUUGAGGAUUUUACUACUGAUUGCAAGAGCAAUUUAACUUUCCAAGGAAAUGUAUUUUUAGUCGAAAUUUUUACUUAGGUUCCAUCAAUUCUCAGUGACAUUAAUAUCCAUGGAUCUGUAAUGGUACACCUCAUAUGUAGAUUCUAUAUCUAUGUUGAAAUUUGAACCUAAUAAAAUAUAA